GAUUUUGGAGGGAACAGUUAAAGCUUGUUUUAGUUGUAUCUUGCCCCAGCUGAGUAGAGAAAAUGAGUUUGGAAGAAGAUGGAGAUGAACUUCAAGAUCUGAUGCCUAAAAUAAUGGAGGACCUCAAGAUCUUCGAGGGCAGAGUAGUGUUUAAUAAGAAUGAAGAGAAUUACGCACAGAAGGCGCUUGAAGAUUUGAUUGAGGCGACGAAGGACAGACCAGAUCUGCUUCUGAAUUGGAUUGAUGAGAUAUUUGAAUGUAUGUAUAAAAUCUUGAAAAACCAGAAUUUUAAUGAGAGAACAAGGUUUCUUGCGACGGAAAUUGUGGCGCAAAUUUUCUCGAAUUUUAGGGAACCAGAAGCAGUGCCUUACCAUACUGGAAGGUUUAUUUCUCAAAUAUUUUCUAUGCUUAAGGCCAUUGAUGAUUACCCAGCAUGGGAUGAGAAAAAGUUGGAAAAGAACUGGAGUUUACAUUUUCAGGGAAAAAAGAGGUUGGCUCGAUUUGCACCUGCCAUGGGUGGCCAAUUUCUUCUGAAGAAAUUCAGUGCAAUGUUUGAAUCACACUACAAUUCUGAUGAAUGGCAAAGUCGCCAUGCUGCUGUUGUAUCCAAUGUCAUUAUCGCCUGUGCUUGCUCUAAGGAAUUAAUAAACAAGUUGGAUCUUGUGGUAGAACCAGCCAUGAAAGCUGUUGAAGACGCCCACUUCCAUGUACGUUGGGCGGCCUUGAAUGCAAUUGAGGAGUUUUCCAAGAAAUUGAACCCUGGAUUUCAGCAUCAGUAUUAUAAUCAAGUGCUUCCUCCUCUAAUAAAGGCCUCAAAUUAUUUCCAGAAUCCCCGCAUUCAGUUGCAAGCUGUUAAGGCAUUAUCUUAUUUUGCUCAGCAUUGCAAUUCAGAUCUCUUGACACCUUACAUAGAUGAAAUUGUCAAUAUGCUGCUUAGGUGCCUACAGAGAGGACCACAAGUAUUGAAUGAGGCAGCUUUAAUGGGGUUAGCAUCUCUUGCUGCGUCAUUAAAGGAUAGUUUCCAAGAGUAUUACGGAACUGUUAUGCCUUACAUGAAAGUGAUAAUGAUGAAAGCAGCUGAAGGAUCUAACUUCACGCUUCUUGCUCAGUCAGUGGAUUGCAUUACUCUUGUGGGAUUGUCUGUUGAGAAGGAGAUGAUCAAUGAUUAUUUUCAAAUGGUUUUGCAAUUGCUUAUCUCCUCGAAAGCAUCUAAAAUAGGGACAGGACAUCCAAUGAGAAAUCAACUGUUAAAAGCAUGGGGCAGCUUAUGUAAAUGCUUAGGCCAAGACUUCCAACCUUACCUGGGUGUUGCCAUUCCUCUGUUGCUUCAAUCUGCUCAACUUGCGUCACAUGUCACUUCACUAAAAGUUUCUGAAAGUAAACAUUCAUUUGAAAGCAUUGUCACUCUUCAAGAUCAAAUAAGUGAGAUCAAAUCAGAGGUCUUGGAGGAGAAAGCCACAGCUUGUAAAGUGUUGUGUAUCUGUGCUGAUGAGUUGAAGGAAGGCUUCAAUUUAUGGACUGAUGAGGCUGCUCAGACCUUAGUUCCACUUAUCAAUUACGAUAUCCAUGAAGAACUUAGAACCAUUUCUAUUUCAGCUAUGCCAGUAAUAUUGAAAUCAUCUAAAGCAGCAAUGGAGAAAGAGUGCACUGAGGGGUCUGACGAUUCAUCUUUCAAGAAACUGUCUUCUUACAUUACACCAGCUUUAGUAGAAGCUCUAAAUAAGGAAAAGUUAACAGAAAUUCAAGUAAGAAUUUUAGAGUCGCUGAACGAAUGUAUGGAGAUCUCUGGACCUACCCUGAACACAGAACAGACCAACUACUUCUUGCAUAUAAUAAUGGAGAUUAUCAAAACUUGUUCAGCCCUUCUAGGAAGCCAAGUGGAAAAUGAGCAAACAGAAAAAAUUCAUAACAAAGCUUUUGGUUGCUUGACCACUUUCACUAAAGCAUAUAAGACUUCCUUGUCACAAUUCUUUGACCAGCUCUUAUCAUGCAUGGCAUAUAUGUGGGAGAACGAUAGAAAAGCAGAAGAGAGAAGAACUGCCUUGCAUAUUUUCAGUGAUGUUGCAGAGAAAUGCCAAGAAGAAGCAUUGAGGUACUGUGAGAAUAGUCUUCAAUUCCUAUUUGACGCCUGCUGUGAGAAGAACCCAGAAGUUCAACAGACAGUCGCACAGGGAAUUGGUGUUAGUGCAGAGUUUGGUGGAUCUAUAUUCAAAUCUCAUAUCAAAGAGGCUCUUGCUGGUCUAAAUGCUAUCAUGCGGGAUCAAGAGACACUGCAUCUAGAUUACUUACUAGCCCAUGACGCAGCUGUUUCUGCACUUGGAAAAAUAUGCCUUUGCCAUUAUGAGAGACUAGAUGAAGUGUUUGGUAUAUGGUUAAGCCAUUUGCCAAUAGUUAAUGAUCUAGAUGAGGCCAAAGUUGCCCAUGAUCGGCUUUGUUCGAUGGUUGAAAAGUUCAAAGAGGAACUUAUUAGCAGAAAUGAUACUCAUCUUUCCAAGAUCUUUGAAGUCUUUGCAGAGAUAUUAUGGGUUGCUGAUGAUCUGGCCACAGAAGCAACUUUCAAACAAGUGAUUGAACUGUUGAAGCACUUUAAAAGCAAAUUACCACCCGAUACAUGGACAUCUAUUAUAUCCUCCCUGAUACCCUCUCGAGCAAAGAUUUUGCAGCAUUUGAUGUCAUCAUAAUCUGUUCUUUCUGGUAGAUAUGACAUAGGUCCUCUUCCAAUUCGUUUCAUCUGAACCGUUAGCUUUUAAGUAUAUCAUGUAAAAUGUAAAAAAAUAAUAAUAAUAAUAAUUAGGAUAUAGAACUUGGGAUUCUGCAGGUUAAAAGCAGUAUUGCUUCAUUAAGAUCUGUACAUGGUUAGAACCAUAGUUGCCAGAUUCUCCUAAAACCCCUAGGUUCCGCGACUCAGAUCUCACGUUCCAAAAUGCGAGACUUUUGUGUCCCAAAUCUCUUGAGAAUGCAUUCUGGUUCUCUAAAUCAAGCUAUCCCAUUUCAUUAUGUUCAACACAAAAUCAAAAUGAAGAACAAGAUGAUCCUAUUCA